AUGACUUCUCACUUGUAUCAGAUGGUCGAGACGACUACUUGCCCAUCUCACCUGGUGAAGAGAGUAGUCCGUGAAAUGCAGCCUAAAGCAGGGUUUCAGGCUCUUGCCGAAGAACUCCAGUUUUACAUUAUGAGCUUCCUUUCUUGCCGAGAUAUUCUUCGUUGUGCAUCUGUAUGCAAGGCACUUCGCCAGACGUACCUGUCAUCCUCCGAGCUCCAGUAUAUCAUUGAAUUUGGCGGCCAAGGGUUACUCCCUGUCCCCAACACGCACAAUCACAGUCCUAUUUUUAAGCGCCUACAACUCUUGAGGGACAAAGCUCACGCAUGGUUCAAUGUUGACUUCCAUUCUUUUGAAACUGUCAACGUAAAUUGGUACUCUGAGCAAAAAUAUGUCGCUGAUGGGCACCUCUACUUAUGGGACCAAGAGGAAGACUUGGCCACAAUCAUUCCAAUAUUUCCAAAACCCUCACAACAAACAAUCCAGCGUAACUGGUCUCCAGGAACGUUGUGUUCAGUUCCCAACUCAACCAACCUCGAUGUAUUCAUGGACCCAGCACAGGACCUGAAAGCCGUCGUGUACAAGGUUGAUCACGAGAGUGACGAGACACUCUACAUCGACCUUGAAGCACUGGAUUGUGAUAGUGCUCACCCCAACGCUGCUGGACGGACACUGUAUCUGUCGGGGCCGCCCGGAUACAAUGACAACCGUAUUCAAACAACAAGUGCGAAGCUCAGGGGUUUCGGGAGGCAUAUUGCUUUACAGCGCUCUGUUGAGGUUGCGGUUGGUCAUGGAGCCGGGAUUUACCACGAGAAUAUAUGGCAGUUGCAGAUUUGGGAUUGGCAACACUCAACGACAUCCAAUUGCGUCCUCGGCAUCACAACACUACACGGAAUCGCUUUUUGUUUCCUCGGAAAUAAUAGAAUACUGGUUGUCGCCAAUAAUAAUUUGAAGCUCUAUUCAAUCGAGGAUAUAUCCCAGACGCCACAAUUACUGGCAUGCUUCCUGUCGCCCCUCCCUUUGUCGUACAUACAGUGUCUCCUUCCGAUGGAUGAUACUGAGCACCGCUCGCUGUCGCAUGCCCAACAAACAACAUACACCCCAAACGCUAAAAAUCGACUAAUAUGCCUUAUCGCAUCCUUUCCCACUCGAGUCUUCAUCAUUUCCACAAGGGUUUUCUUCAACGUCAACGUAACGGCAGCGGAAACGCCAAUACCAUGGAACCACUGGGGCCCUUCAAACGCUCGUAUUUUUGAGCACCAUUAUUCAUGCAAAGUUCACGUUAGUGGGAAUCGGGUUCUGCAGGCAUUCCCAGUCAACACGUCAGACCCGGACCCUAACGAAUAUGUGUUGCAUAUGAUGGACUUCAGCCCGCGAGCUGUGACAAACAGGCGGGGUCUAGGACGAGUGGUGAAGGAGACAUCUACCAUUAAUUUCACUGGCAAGUUUGCAGGAGAGCUUGACGAUUUCAACGUCCCUACCUUAUGUUGA